AUGGAUGAUAAUCUGCUAGAGAGUGAUGAUAACAAAUGCGAGGGUCAUUUAAAAAAUAAGAAAGGACCUUACAAAAUUUAUUUACAUAAUACACGAUAUGAUAUAAUAAGAAAAGUUGUAAAUGAUUCAGAAGAUUGGAUGGAGGCUGGAAUAAAUUGUAAGGAGUGGGAUGUGAUGUGGAUAGAUACAUCAAUAUGUGAAGAAAGAUUUAGAAAACUAAAAAAGUUUCAAAAAAUAAAUCAUUUUAUUGGUAUGCGUGGUAUAACAAGAAAAGAUGAAUUAAGUAAACAUUUGAAAAAAAUGAAAAAAUAUUUUCCUCAGUGUUAUAAUUUUUUCCCUAUGACUUGGAUACUACCAAAUGAACUAUCAGAUUUUAAAAAUUAUUUUAAAAAAAAAGGUAGUUCAAAAACAUAUAUAGUAAAAUUAAAAAAUUCUUGUCAAGGUAAAGGAAUAUAUUUAACACAAAAUUUAGAUAAUAUUAAUAAAUAUGAAAGUUGUAUAAUUCAAAAAUAUAUACAUAAACCAUUAUUAAUAAAUGGAUUAAAAUUUGAUAUAAGAUUAUAUGUAUUAAUAACGGGUUCUGAUCCUUUAAGAAUAUUUUUACAUGAAGAAGGUUUAGUUCGAUUAUCUAUAGAAAAAUAUAAAUUACCUAAAAAUAAAAAUCUAAAACAUAUUAAUAUGCAUUUAACAAAUUUUUCUAUUAAUAAAAUGUCAGAUAAAUUUGAAUAUUCUAUAAAUCCUGAUGAUGCAACUAUAGGUCAUAAAAGAAGUUGGAAAGUAUUUCUACAAAGAUUAAAACAAGAAGGAUUACCAAUGGAUUCUAUUAUGAAAAAAAUAGAACAUCUAAUUGUAAAAACUAUUUCUUCAAUACAACCAGAAUUAAAUCAUUAUUAUAAUUCUGCUCAUUAUAGUGACUAUUCCAACAGUAUGUGCUUCGAAAUUCUAGGUUUUGAUAUACUUUUAGAUUAUAAAUUAAAACCAUGGUUAUUAGAAGUUAACCACUCUCCAUCAUUCUCUGUAUAUUCAAAAGUAGAUCAUAAAGUUAAAUAUGCUGUUAUAAAAGAUACAUUAAAUAUUCUAUAUAUGCAAUCCAAAUAUAGACAAAUAUAUAUACAAGAAUAUUUAAAUUUACAAAAAUUUAGAAAAUUAUAUAAUGAUUUAUUAAUACAACAUAAAAAUGAAUUAAAAAAAAAAUUAACUAUAAGCAGAUUUCACUAUGAAAAUAAUAACUUAGGAGGAUAUAAAAGAUUAUAUCCUCUUCAAGAUUUAUUAGAAUAUCAAAAUUUAAUUCUUUUUGUAUCCAAUGCAUGGAAUAAAUCUAUUGGAAUACCUUAUACUUUGAAACCACAAUCAUACGAUUAUUUAUUUCAAAAAGAUAUGACAAAACAGAAAAUAUCUAACGAUUCAUUUCACAAGAAAAAUCAAAAUUAUAUAGAAGAUUAUAACAUAACUAUGUUAACAAAAAAAAAAAAUAUACACAGCAUAACAGAUACAUUAAAAAAUAUGAAUACAAUGAAUAUUAUAAAAAAAUAUGACUCAUCUCAUACGCGUUUAAAAAAUAAUUUGAACUACAACAAUGUAUAUGUAAACACAUCCAACGUGAAUAUAAGUAACUGUUCAACGUCUUGUUGA